AUGGCGGCAACCGCACAGAUGCAACGCCCUUACCCCCCUAUCUACCACACACCUCAGUCAAAUUCGCCAGCUUCCGUCGCAUCACCUCAAGGCCACGAUCCCCAUGGACGAAGCCUCUACGGGCAGCCGCCUCAAAUGGCCUCGGGAAUGUAUGGCUACCCGCAGUUUCCACCCAUGAACCCUGUCCACACAACUCCGUAUGCGCCUCAUCCUAGCCAACAACAUGCCCAUCUCACAUCCCAACCUCUCCUUGUGGGCCACCAAGGCACCCCGGGCCAACUGCAACACCAACACCAGCAAACUCAACAACACCCCGGCGGAGUUACGAGCAGUCCACGAAUGAAGUUUGACCCAACUCCUCAACAUCCCCCUUCGUCGCAACGAACGCCAUUAAACCAAUCGCACCAGCAGCCACCGGUUUCAGGCGGUACUGUUCAUUCAGGAACGAGCGGAAGCAACACUAGUGCUGCUCCCGGUCCGAUUCCCGCGACUACUCCACUUGUUGUUAGACAAGACGGCAACGGAGUUCAGUGGAUUGCUUUUGAAUAUUCGCGGGAUCGCGUGAAAAUGGAGUACACGAUUCGAUGCGAUGUAGAAAAUAUCAACAUUGAAAACUUGAGCCAAGAGUUCAAGACCGAAAACUGCGUGUAUCCACGAGCAUGUUGCUCAAAGGAGCAGUACAGAGGGAAUCGUCUAGUCUACGAGACCGAAUGCAACGCUGUUGGGUGGGCAUUGGCCGAACUUAACUCCUGUUUACGCGGCAAACGUGGACUUAUCCAAAGAGCAGUUGAUAGUUGGCGGAAUAGCAAUCAAGACCCGCGGCUGCGCAGUCGAAGAGUAAGAAGGAUGGCAAAGAUAAACAACAGAAAAGCUGUUGCUGCACAACAUGCCAAUCAGUUGACAGGUCCCCCUCCUGCAGGAGUUCCCGGUAGUACUGCUCUAGCCACCACGGGAAGUUUGAGUAUGGGAGGUCCACAGCUUCAUCAUCAUCAUGCACACCCUGCUGAAUCGGGCACAACACAGAGUGGAGAGGACGUUAGCGGCAACCCUGAAUACUCGAACGGUACUCAUCGUCCAUCUGCGCCGCCAAACACCUACGCCCAACCUGGCCCGUCCCCAGCAGACAUUCGCCCUGGCCAUAUGUUCCACGGCUACCCAAGUUACCCGAAUCCGGCCUCCUCCCACUCCCAAACUGGGCCUUCCAUGCCCCCUCCUUUGCGUGAUACAGGCCUAGACCAUUUAGGUCGCCAUUCCACUGUCGCCACCUCCCACUCUCGCUCUGAAAGUGAUGACCAUAGCCCCGAUAACACCGCUCUUUUCGGCGACCUUCCCGAAGGACGCCGGAGGAAAUUUAUCCUCGUCGAGGAUCCGCAGCGCAAUUGCAGAGUUCGAGUGAAAGUCAUGCUCGAUCAGGUGGAUAUGAAGGAAAUCCCAGACUCCUAUCGCAUGUCGAACUCGGUAUUCCCGCGAACGUAUUUCCCCGUGCAGAGCCCGUUUGGGCGCGGCAACCGUGGUGACAGGUUCGUUGAUGACGAUGCCGGCGGCAAUCAUGAAGAUAACGGCGACGAUGCGGAAGCGACGGUUGGGCGAACUUUGGUUCCCGUGCCGACACUCGACGGAGAGGCGAAUCUGGCAGUCCCCAAGAUAGCGAGGGGCAAGCGCAAUAAGGAGGUUAUGUUGAACGAUUUGGGAUAUCGCAUGAGCUGGGGACAGAGCAGAGUCUUCUCCGGCAGGACUCUCUUUCUGCAGAGAGCUUUGGACGCGUACCGCAACAAAAUGCGCAGCACGAUGAUUACCGCAAGCCAGGAACUCACCUCCGUCGCGCCGCAUUUCGAAACCCGCGUUGGAAAGCGCAAGUGGCUGGAGCGCAGCAAACAGCCCCGAGCAGGCGUAUCUGCCAGUGGGCGCGGCACGCCUGCCGUUACUACAAUAUCCUCCGCCCGAGACGCGGAGGAGGUAGAGGGUUAG